AUGCAAUAUUAUCAAAAGAUAACAGAUCAUUUUCUAGGAGGAUUAUUUCCAUAUGUUCGUCUAGUAUCAUUAUAUGAUAAACAUACUUUUGAACAUGAAUUUUUUAUUCGAAUUUCUCAAUCAUUUUCAUUCAUGGAAGAUUUAACUAUGAUUUAUCACCAAUCACAAAAACAUAAACAACUUUAUAAAUCAAUAAAUCAUAAUGACAAUUCAUCAAUUGUUAAAUAUAAUUAUCUCAUUACACUUGAUGGUUCAAAAGUUCAUGAUAAUUAUAUAGAAGAAUUUUUAUUUAAUACAAAAAUUUAUUUUCAUAUUAAUCAUUAG